AUUUUAUUGUUCAAAGGAAUGCUGUAGCCUGUAGUUGUAGAAGGGGGGAAGCACCAGUGCGAGCGGGAGAGGAGGAGAAUGGCAAAUCAGGGCGGAGGACCACCACCGGCACAGAUACCUACUAGUUUCGGCCACGAGCUUAGAGCCUGCCUUCGCUGCCGUCUCGUCAAGACUUACGACCAGUUUCGGGAAUCCGGUUGCGAGAAUUGCCCUUUCUUUCAGAUGGAAGACGAUCAUGAGCGUGUUGUUGACUGCACCACUCCUAACUUUACUGGGAUUAUAUCGGUCAUGGACCCAACUAGGAGUUGGGCUGCCCGAUGGCUCCGUAUUGGAAGAUUUGCUCCUGGUUGCUACACUCUUGCAGUUUCUGAAGCACUUCCCCAUGAAAUGCAGAAUAUUUGUUAAGAAGAGCGCAUACCAUACGUCCCGCCAAAACGCGUAUGAGUUACUAGUCGAACAUGGGUGGUCCGAUUAUAAUUGUAGCACAUUAAAUGUGAACAAUUUAGCAGUUAGGAAGAAGCCUUAUAAUACUUGAUUUACCUUGAACAAUUUCUCAGAUUACUUGACAUUUUUAUUUCAUAUUUCAUUUAGCAAUGAUUUUUUAGUCAUGGAGCUUACAAUAUUCGUAUA